AUGGAUGCUACCAGGGAAGAUCCGACAGAAGUACGCGAGAGAUAUACCAGAAAGUUUCAGUCAAUCCAGGUGAACAAGAGAGGCAUUAAAGUUGCCCAGUCGAUAUGGACCUGGAUCAUCUUGGCCCGCCGUCCACUUACACUCGAAGAGCUGCGCAGCGCUGUCGAGCUUGAUCUCAAAUCAAAGCUCCUGGACCUGAAGAAAACACUUUCCGAGAUAUGCGGAGACCUUGUCACCAUUCACCCUAAAGACAGAGUCAAUGUUAAAAACGAGAUAGUUCGCGAAAUACUUCUUGAUCGAAAGGUCAACUCUGAAUUCCCAGUUGAUGAGGCACAUGGCCACACUCGGAUUGCAGUCACUCUACUCAACCUACUCUCUGACAGCACUCUUCGCCGACUUCCAAUGAAUGCUUCAGUAGAUCCAGCAUUCAUGGCAUCUUGCGACUCAUCGCUGGUGGAUUACGCGGCAACAUUCUUCGCGGAACACGUCUCUUAUUGCCCAGCAGCAGAGGACAGCGUCAUGAAAGGACUGUGCGCAUUUCUGGGAUUCAACGUCUACUUCUGGCGCGAAUAUGUUGCGAACAAUGGCAAUGAAGGUGUCAUCACGCAGACCGCACACCGUCUGCGCCACUACGCUGCUCGUCGAGCGGAAGUCAUUCCAACAGAUGAUUCCAUCUGUAUCGUCAAAGAAUGGGCGAACAAGCAAGUCGCAUAA